GUUCUGUACUCACGCACUACUCUGUCUAUUCCUGAUAUUAUGCUUUAAUCAUGGAUAUGGAGGCCAUCAACAAGGUCAUCAGUAUGAAGGGCCAGGUGUCGCGGAUGGAGAAGGAGCUUGCCGCGCUGCAAGCUCAGCUGAAGGACAUCCCAACGUGGACCAGACUUUCCUCAACCGAUCCAUAUCUUUCGAAAAUCAAGAUUGAGUGGGAUCCUGAGGUACAACAACGCAGGGCUGAAGAGGACGAAGCACGGCGGCAACAGCCAACCGUUCCAGAAACGAUUGACCUCAUUGAGACUCCAGAAGCAGAAGAGUCCAAUGCUCCGGGAGAUACCAAGGAGGGAUCGGCGUCAAAAUAUCGACAAAAAUACAGAGCCUUAAAACAGUCCCAUAAGGAACUCAAGCAGAUCGUGAAGACUCUUUGUACCCGGCUCGAAGAAGCU